ACACACAAGAGCUCUGAGGGCAAUGUCCUAACAAACAAUCUCUGCUGGAUUUUUCUGUGAGAUCACUCUCAAUUUAACGUUCAAAAAUGGAGGAAAUGCAAAAUUCAGGUCGUCCAUAUAACAAACUAAUUAGUCAGGAGGAAACCACUGAAGAUGAGCCUCAUCUACCAUCAAAUCAGGAGAAUCAAGUGACUAUGUCGACGAUGAGACCUGAAUCCAACAUGAAUCGUUACAAACUGCUAACAGCAAGCCUAGCAGCGUUAGCAGUGAUUCUGCUAAUGGUUAAUAUUGGCCUGGGAGUGUACUAUAACAAACUAAGUGAAAAUAACAUAGUGAGAGACAUCAGCGGAGAGAUAAGUAAACUUCAGGCUUCUUAUGACGCUGCAGUGCAAAUCAGGGAUGAAGUUAAGAAACAGCUGGCGAUGGAGAUCAGCGAGCAGCAAGUCAUCAAGUGGGAGCUCGAACAUCAGACCCUCAGAGGCAAAGACUACGAAAAGCAGGUGGAAACGUUGCAGGUGGACAUUGCAUCGUUGAAAUCCCAUUUACCGAUGAUAAAGGAGGGCUGCAGACACUGUUUGCCUGGAUGGACUUUCAUGAUCUCAAGCUGCUAUUACUUCCCGUUUUCUGAUACUUUUUACCGCACAUCAUGGAACGAGGCCCGGCAGUUCUGCAGGAGGCAGGGAGGAGACUUGGCCAUUGUGAACAACAGAGAAAAGCAUCUUGGAAUAACUAGGUUUCUAACAAUUAAUCAAGACCUUUCGAGACAAGCAUCGCAAAGUGGUUUCUGGAUCGGACUGAGAGACGUGGAAGAGGAAGGGGUCUGGAAAUGGGUGGAUGGGACGAGACUGACUGACGGGUUCUGGAACAUCGGAGAGCCAAACAACUUAAACAAUGAGGACUGUGCCGCAGUGUACCCCAAAAGCAACCCAUUCAUGUCUUGGAAUGAUGCACCGUGCAAUUAUAACCUGAAAUGGAUUUGUGAAAUGGCACCGAGGUCUUUCGGAUAA